AUGGCGAAUAACGUAGCCGGACAGCUGCUGGUCUAUGCCCUUCUGCUAUUCUUCGUGGUUGUAGCCGUGUUUCUUUCGUACGCAAUUAUUCUACACACCGAACAGUCGCAGAUGUGGAGUACCAUCAAGGAUCGCGGCGCAACACGCACCAUGCCGAACGGUACCACAAACUACUGGUACUACAUUGUACGGGACAUGGACAAGAUACGCAACAUGACGGACGUGCUUCACAUGGAUCGUUCGACACACGUCGUCCCAACGCCGGUUGGCUUCCGAGUGGUCGGCAAGGACUUCGAGAUCCAUUUCGACCGUAUCAACGUAACGCAUGCCGACGAGGACGAGACGGUCCCACACCAACCACAGGAGGACUACAUACCAACGCUCGUGAAACGCAAGACGUACGUUUGGGAGAUAACAAGACGCCAACCUGCUGCCAACAUUACCGUACCGGUGUUCCUGGGAAAGAUCCACGACAAGCAGGCCAUUCCACCGUUUCAAAAUGCAAUUCCACCGCCGGAUUCUGACACUAAAAAAGAGUAG